AUGCUGAACUGUGUCAGCACCAAGUCCGCCUCCAGCAUCGAUACUGAAAAUGGCUUGCCCGUGGAAAAAGACACCAUCCAGGCCCUGCAGCCAUCCGUUGGGGCUUGCUUCCUGUCACCCAGCAUAACGCCUCCUGCCGCCAGCAACAACUACCUCGACAUGUCGCCACAGACCUUGAGCAUUCCUGCAACACCACGCCCAGACCAUGUGUUCGCCACUGAGGCCUCAGAUGUAUUCUCCGUUCUUGGAGAGGCCGACAUGUUUUCUGCACUGGCGGACUUCGGCUCUGAUGGCAAUGACGUGGACUUCAUGAUGUCGGCCAUGGACUCUCCGUUUGGGAUGCCAGUUGUCGACAGCCAUGCGAUGACGGAGGCACACAAUGAUAUCGGAUCACUACUUAUACCCCCGCAAGGGAUCAACAUCGACCUCCCAGCAUCCGACAUAUCAUCCUCCAUAGGCCCAAUAAGCGCCCCAUCCAGGACAAACUCGUUCGCACCAGACAUACAGGUGCUGGCAGCCGGGAAAUCCGAAGUGGCACAAGCAACUGACACGUCGAAUUGUGGCUGUCUGACGCAGUCUCUCGAUCUCCUGAAGACGCUCUCGGCUCAGCCUGCCUCCCAGACCGGCCUGCCCGGUUCCGAGUCCCAAGGGACAUCAGAUGCACUCACAUACGGCUCAUCCCACUCGGUACUCACAGAGAACAAACAAAGUAUCGAGGAAGUCAGCGAGAGGCUCACAUGCACAACCUGCGCAGGGGAUAACUUCCUGCUCGCCGUCCUCUCCAUGACCGUCCUAAAGAUACUGGAGCGGUACGCCGCCGCCGCGCGGGCACAGUCCAGCGGCGCGAGGCCGAACGACUCGGAGGCGGAGAAGGCGUCCAGGCUGGCCAACAGCAUCCUCGCCAGCAGCAAGGACCAGAUGAUGGUGCUGAGCCGCACGUACAACACGCCGCGCAACCGCGGGCGCAAGGCCGCCCAGCUCGUCCUCAGCGAGCUCCACCGCGUGCAGAGGCUGGUCAACCAGCUCUCGCCCAAGCUCAAGCGGUCCAAGGAGGCGGACAGGCGCAACAUGGACCCCCCUGAGCUGGAGCUUUGGGGCCGCCAGAGCGUGCCGCGAGGGUACGACCGGGGGCCGACUGCGCCCUUUUCGGCCACCACUUUGGGCCAGAUGGAGAGCGACGUGCGCAGGAGCCUUAGCGCUUUGUCUUCCGAGAUCAUUAACGGGCUGAGACAGAGCUAG